ACUGUUUAAAAUUAGAGUUAUAUUAAGAAGUUGAAUGCAGAUAAUACUGAUCUUCGUCUGUAUGGGUUGAUUAUUCGUCGAUCUUUUGGUAAUGCCUUGGGGUUUCAGUAGGGGGAUUCCGGCGCGCUCCUCUUCCUCAUUCAAUACAGACGAGUGAAGGCGGGAGCUGCGUGUGCGUGUUUCCUCAACUUUCUCGUUAUUUUCCCCCUUUUUAAGGUAAUGACCACUCACAAAACAAUGUAGAUUUUAACAUAUGCUGAUAGUAGGCUACAUUUCGUGAUGUUACUGUGGUUUUAUAUGAGUAAAAGAGACGUUUUACAUGCGUAUAUCGUUAAAGAGUUUUGUGCUAACUGAGAAAAUGUGUCUAUGUAUGCUAGCAGCCGGAGACCUCGUGGCUCCGUCGUGUCAGAGUCCCGCUAUAUACACGAGUGUUAACUUUGUCGUUGGUGUUUAAGCUAGCUACUGACAUCCACAUAUUUCUGUUGUAAAAUUUAUUGUGAAUUUAUCACUAAUAAGGGUGAGUUUGUGUCAUGCUGAGACAAUGAAUACUAUUGAAAGUAUAAUUCAUUUUAGUGUUAUGCGAGAACUAAUGUAAAAAUGAGUAUUAAUGUAAUUUGAUAACUUUGUUAAAAACAUUUUACAUUUCAUAUGGUAAUUUAGUUAAAAAGAUAAUUUAGAAUGCAUUAAGAAGAUACUUGUGACUGUGGUCCUGAAUCUGAUGAGUGCACUAAUAUUGAAAUGUAUGUUUUCUUGUAUACAUUGUUCAAAAACUCAUUCAAUACAGACGAGUGAAGGCGAGAGCUGCGUGUGCGUGUUUCCUCAACUUUCUCGUUAUUUUCCCCCUUUUUAAGGGCACAACACCCCCACAGUUCCAACAGCAAGUGAAAAUCUCUCUUUUAACAACAUGGAUGCGUUAAACAGAAGAAUUGUCAUCUUGGGAAAAACUGGAGUUGGAAAAAGCAGCCUGGCUAACACCAUAUUUGGAGAGGAACUGUUCGAGAUCGAUGAUUCUCUCGACUCUGGAACAAGAAAAUGUCAAGCAGAGACCAGAUCUGUCAAUGGAAGAAGCAUCACUUUGAUCGACACUCCUGGUUUCUUUGACACUGAUAGAUCUGAGGAGGAGCUGAAGUCUGAGAUAGUGAGCUGUAUCGUAAAGUCCGCUCCUGGUCCUCAUGCUUUUCUCAUUUUGCUUAAAUUAGAGAAAGUCACAGAGCAUGAGCAGGCUGUCAUCAACAAAAUAAUCGAAUACUUUUCUGAAGAAGCUUUCAAAUAUGCAAUAGUUCUCUUUACUCAUGGUGACCAGCUCCGUAAAGGACAGAAAAUUGAGGAUCAUGUCCAGAAGAAUGAGUACAUGAGUGAGCUGGUGAAGAAGUGCGGAGGCCGUUGCCACGUCAUUGAUAAUAAAUACUGGAACGAAAACCCAAAGGAUGAAUACAGGAGCAACCGGUUCCAGAUGGAGGAGCUACUUAACACAAUAGAAAAGAUCGUGAUGGAAAACAACGGGAGCUGCUACACCAAUGAGAUGCUAAAAGCAGUGGAGGAACAAAUACAACAGGAGGAGAAGCAGAUUAGACUGGAAUCAGAAAACAUGUCAGAGGAAGAGAUCAGAAAGCUGGCUGAGAAUAAAACAGUCAGGGAGGUUUUGGCCAAAUUUGUAGGUAUUGGAACAGGUGCGUUGUUAGGAGCUUUUUUGGGUAUGCCACUGGGUUUAUUGGGAUUGGUUUCAGGAGCAGUGAUGGGAGGUUUUCAAGGAUAUCUUGUAGCCAAGGAAGCAGCAAAGAGGGCAGUAGUUGCUGUCAAGAAAAAAGCACAAUUGACUCUCGGGAAGAAACACAAGCAGUAAGCCAAAAUCCUACAUUCUGUGAUCAGUGACGUCCAAUGGUUGCUAAUCCAUUUUUCUUUAGUCCAGCAUAUGGAAUCUUUAUACCCCUAAACAAAUUUAACCGAGUUAUCAUCUAAUUGCAUUGGUUAGUUGCCAUAUGAGUCAAAUGUUUCCCACAAUCGAACCUCCAUUCUCAUUAUUCAGCCAUUGUUUAUUUCUCUGAUGUAUUUAACCACCCUUUUA